CCUCUCCGCCGUGCCCGCCCCCGGCUCCGUGCCGCUCUGAAGCGGGCUGUGCGUCCGUCCGCCCGCCCGCUCGCCCAGAGCUGCCGGUCCCCCGCCAUGGUGCUGCCCGAGGAGCAGGCCGGGCUGUACCGCCCGCGGCCCGAGCUGCUCCCCGCAGCUCACGUCCCCUCGCUGCCCCACUACCAGCGCCUCUACCAGCGCUCCGUGGAGGAGCCGCACGAAUUUUGGGGUGACAUCGCUAAAGAGUUUUACUGGAAGAGUCAGCACACGGGACCCUUUCUGAAGUACAACUUUGAUGUGACGAAGGGGAAGAUCUUCAUUGAGUGGAUGAAAGGGGCGACCACCAACAUCUGCUACAACCUGCUGGACAGAAAUGUCAAUGAGAAGAAACUCGGGGACAAAGUUGCUUUUUACUGGGAAGGGAAUGAACCUGGGGAUUCUGCAAAAAUCACGUACAGCGAGUUGCUGCACAAAGUCUGUCAGUUUGCCAACAUCCUCCGCAGCCAAGGGGUGAAAAAAGGAGACCGAAUUUCCAUCUACAUGCCCAUGAUCCUGGAGCUGAUUGUAGCCAUGCUUGCUUGCACCAGGAUUGGAGCUCUGCACUCCACUGUGUUUGCAGGUUUCUCAGCAGACUCUCUUUGUGAGCGGAUUCUUGACUGUGGGUGUUCUCUCCUCAUCACUGCAGACGCCUUUUAUCGAGGGGACAAGCUGAUCAACUUGAAGCAAAUUGCAGAUGAAGCCCUGCAGAAAUGUAAAGACAAGGGCUUCCCUUUGAAGAAGUGUAUUGUGGUGAAGCACCUGGGCAAGGAUGAGAUAGCAGUGGAUGGGACAUGCACCAAGUCUCCCCCUCUCAAAAGGCUGUGCCAGAACAUACAGGAAAAAAAGACUGAGAGCUCACAGAGACUCCAUCCCAAGACCCCCUGGAACCCAUCCAUGGAUUUGUGGUGGCACGAGCUGAUGAGCAGUGCCAGCAUGGAGUGUGAGCCCGAGUGGUGCGAUGCAGAGGACGAGCUCUUCAUCCUUUACACAAGUGGCUCCACUGGGAAACCCAAGGGUGUGCUGCAUACAGUGGGUGGAUACAUGCUUUUUGUUGCCACCUCAUUUAAAUACGUGUUUGAUUACCAACCUGAGGAUGUCUACUGGUGCACAGCUGACGUUGGGUGGAUAACAGGCCAUUCCUACCUGGCUUAUGGACCCCUGGCAAACGGGGCAACCAGUGUGUUAUUUGAAGGUAUCCCCACCUACCCAGAUGUCAGUCGAAUGUGGAGCAUUGUUGACAAGUACAAGGUGACCAAGUUCUACACAGCACCCACAGCCAUCCGGCUGCUGAUGAAGUAUGGGGAUGAGCCUGUCAAAAAGCACAGCAGGAAAUCUCUGAAGGUGCUGGGGACCGUGGGUGAGCCCAUCAACCCUGAAGCCUGGCUGUGGUACUACCACGUGGUGGGAGAAGAGAGGUGCCCCAUUGUGGACACGUUCUGGCAGACAGAGACAGGUGGCCACAUGCUGACAUCCCUUCCUGCUGCCACCCCCAUGAAGCCAGGCUCUGCUACAUUUCCCUUCUUUGGUGUGGUUCCUGCCAUCUUGAACGAGUCGGGGGAAGAGCUGGAAGGAGAAGCAGAAGGCUACCUGGUGUUUAAGCAGCCCUGGCCAGGAAUAAUGCGUACGUUGUAUGGGAACCACCAGCACUUUGAAACCACCUACUUCAAGAAGUUCCCUGGGUACUACGUGACAGGCGACGGUUGCAGGAGAGAUAAAGAUGGUUAUUACUGGGUCACGGGGAGAAUUGAUGACAUGCUGAAUGUUUCUGGCCACUUGCUGAGCACUGCAGAGGUGGAGUCAGCUUUGUUGGAGCACACUGCCAUCUCGGAGGCUGCAGUGGUCAGCCACCCACACCCCCUGAAAGGUGAAUGCCUCUACUGCUUCGUGACCCUGAGAGAUGGCCACGAGUUCACCAAGAACCUGGCAGAUGAGCUGAAAAAACAAGUCAGAGACAAAAUUGGACCCAUAGCAACGCCUGAUUACAUCCAGUAUGCCCCUGGCCUGCCCAAAACCCGCUCAGGAAAGAUUACCAGGCGGAUAUUAAGGAAGAUUGCCAAGAAUGACCAAGAUGUGGGGGACAUCUCCACCUUGGCAAACCCAGGCAUCAUAAAACAUCUUUUCAGCAACAGAUGUGACACUAAACAGUAGCAGCAUGACCUGUCCCUGCUGAGCAGAACUGUAUCAGCAGCAGUGUCCUGAAGAGCAGGUCCCUUGUCUGCCCUGGGAAGUAGACCUUCCCCUGUUGAACUGAAUGUACAAAACGUUCCCAAGGAGGAGGAUGGCUCUGGAGAAGCCACCUCUCCCCAGCAUGCCGUGCCCCAGGAGUGUGUGAAUUGUGCUCCAGAUGGGUAUUGUACAGCUGAGGUUCAGCUCUGUACACAGGGAUGACUCCUCCCUUUUCAGCACCUCAUUCUUGAUUUUUAUUUUUAUGGAUUUGGGGUUUUUUGGGGUGGAAAGGUCUUGAUUAACUUUAUGUAAUUGAGGAGCUCUAGUAUGGUGGGAAGGAACUUUGGGGGUUGGAGGGGAAAUGGUGCUGGAGUUACUCAACAGGGGCAGGCAAAGGAGGUGUAUAUCUGCCCCUGCCCACAGGCCAGCUCAGCUUCCUUUACUCCUUGGAGUGCUGCAAGCUGCAGGAGAACUGAAAACCACUCUCACAUCUUCACCAUCACUGAGCUUUAGUCUUCCACCCAGUGCCCAAGCCUGUCACUAGCAGAGGUGUCCCUGAGCCUGAAGGGGAGCAGAGCAAAGCUCCCUGAAGCUUGAGGGUUCUUUGAACAGGGGGGUUAGAGCAGUUUGGUACCAAGUCCUGCUGCUUCCUAACUGCAUGCUGCCAGCUGGUGCAUUUUUCCCAAUCCAAGGUCCUUCACUGGCCAUGGACACAACAGGGAGCCAGGAGAAGUCUUGUUCUGAUGUGCUUCAUUGAGCACCCCAGCCACCUGGGUGCUGCAGAGAGUGAAGGCUGGAGAGGAGACACAGCCCUGCAGAGGAACCUUUCCCCUUGCAGGCAAACCAGGCACUGGGUUACAGCCCCCUCCAUGACCAUUGCUACAGGGCAGGGCUGCUUUAGUCUUUGAUGAUGUUUUCUCAUCAGGCAUUCAAAAAACAACCAGAGGAAGAUGUUUCAAGUUAGCUUCUGCUGCAAUCAGACACAGCUUUAUGAUGAGAGUUAAAACCCCAAAGCUCCUGAGCAGCACCAGGGCACUGCCAAAGCCAUUCCUCUUCCUGAAUCCCACUGCACUUCAGCCCUGGGCUGAGCUGGGAGUGUCACCUCCUUUGUAAAACCUGUGUGGAAACUGCAUGGGCACCCUUUGCUUCCUGCACUUAAACCAAAGGAGAAAGGGGCUUUAAAACUUGCUGCAAUAGCUUCUUUGGUUUGUUUUUUUGGCCAGUGCCAACUUACAGGCUUUACCUCCAACCUGAGCUGACUUUUGACUGGAAAGGAGGAGGCAGCUGCCCCCCCAGGCUGGUGCUGUGGGUGCUCUGCUGUCCCUUGUGAGCUGCUGCUGUCACCACAGGUGUCUGUGAGCUCUGACCUCCAUCUCUGCCUGUGUCCCCCACACCUCUGUACCACCCCCUUGACAAGGAUUCCCACCUCAUCUCUCCUCCUCUGUUACUCUUCAGCUGCCAUGUAAUAGCUGGAUAGAGGUAGAAUUUUAUGCAAAAAAACAAAAACAAAAAAAAACCCUAACAA